GCUUUCAAUACAGGUAGACGAGCAGGUGUGCACAGUGUGCGGACAGGUAGGCUACUGUUAUUGCAAUUCAUCACAACUAACAGGAUUCACUGAUUUGAGAGGGAGCAGUCGUCCAGCUGCUCUGUAACAAUAAACAAGUUUUGACAGGAGGAUGGCCAAUUUCAAGGGACAUGCCCUUCCCGGCAGCUGCUUUCUGCUGUUAGGCCUGUGUUGGUCAGUGAUGUACCCUCUCCGACACUGCUGGAGGAGGCGUCAGCCUAAAGGAAGACAAAAACUGCCCCUGUUCUUUAACAGAAUCGACUUAAUCGAGGGGGCACUCAUUAUUUUCUUAGCCUUUGUGGGCAUCAUGGCAGAGCAGUUUGUGCCAGAUGGGCCCCAUGGCCACCUGUACCUCAGAGAGACUAAGUCCUGGGUGAAGCUGAUGAACUGGCAGCACAGCACAAUGUACUUCUUCUUCGGCAUCUGGGGAAUUGUUAAAGUCCUCAGUAUGUCACCGCUUCCAGUCCCACUUGGUCUUGACCGUCUUGCUCUCUCUCUGGCUUUUUUCAUUGAAGGGUUUCUGUUUUACUUCCAUGUGCACAUGCGCCCUCCUCUGGAUACCCACAUCCACUCCCUGCUGUUUGUGGCAGUGUUUGGUGUGGCGGCCAGCACCCUGUUGGAGGUGUUCAUGCGAGAUAACAUCCUACUGGAGCUGCUCAGGGUGAGCCUAACCAUCCUGCAAGGCUCCUGGUUCUUUCAGAUUGGAUUCGUGCUGUUCCCAUUAAACGGAGUACAGUGGGAUCUGAAGGCACACGAUAACACCAUGUUCGUCACCAUGUGCUUCUGCUGGCAUCUAGCUGUGGCCCUGCUGAUCGUUGGCAUCAACUACUGGAUGGGCUGGUGCUGUGUACAAAGAUGUGCAGGGAAGGGAGGUGACAUAGAGAUCGGGAUGAGAAAGACAUUCAGCUCCCAGAAGGCUCUGCUACAGGAUUCCGAUGAAGAGUAAGCAGAUGGAUCAUGAAGUGUAACACAGGAGGUUGGUGACUGGGGAGGACGGGUUAGUGGUAAUGGUUGGAGCGGAAUAGUAUCAAAUACACUACAUCAACACACAUGGAAGUGUUUGAUGCCAUUCCAUUAGCUACGUUCCAGCCAUUAUUGAGCCGUCCUCCCCUCACCAGCUUCCACUGGUGUGUUCAGUAGUAGAUCACUGUUAUUGUUUUCUCCCCAAUAGUUUUUUUUGUCUGAAGUUUGGUUAACAGUUUUUUCCUGUUUGUAUCAGUGCUAGCGUGUGUAUUUUUUAUUUUGAGUGAUGAUUUUCAAUGAAAUAAUGAGGUGCAAUAGCUGAGUUCAGAUUAAGGCCAAAUUAAUUGCAAAUAAAAUUUACAAAUGCAUGUAAUUCAAAGUAUAAAAGCUCAUUUAUGAUUGUCAAGAUAAGUGAAAUGUACUAGCAUUCUUUUGAGGUUUCUUUCCUGAAGUGAAACAUUAACACCGGACAUUGUUACCUGACAGGGUUUCCUCUCCUCUUAAGACAGUUUAAACAUUUGCUCAUCCCGCCUGUGGCUAUGGAGCAACGUACUUCCUUCCAUCCUGGAAAAAACAGAAUGUCUAAUCGAUUACCAAAGAUAAUACACUGAACAAAAAUAGAAACAAAACAUGUAAAGUGUUGAUCCUAUGUUUCCAAUCUGAAUGUGUGGCAUAUCAAGAAGCUGAUUAAACAGCAUGAUC